AUGGUUAGCAGAGAAACAACUCCAAUACCUACUCCUAAUUUAGACUCUGGUUCACCUGUACAACCCUCGGAUUUGAAAGUUACCGUUAUAAAUUCUAGUAAUAAAGCACAAGAAACUGAACUUUCUGAAAAGUUAGGUGGGGGUGCUCUCGAAUAUGUAUCUGGAUCAUCUUUACCAAGUGUCAACUCAUGUACAACCUUAUCAGAAUGUGACUCUCCAAGUACUAGUGUAGAAAACAAGAGAAAAUCAACUUUUAAAACUAACCCCGGUAAAAAAAGAUUAAAGUGUCCAGAAAAUUGGAUCGAUAAUAAAAGAAAAAGCUUACUAAAUUCAGGUCAGCAAUAUGUAUCUCGAGGUGGAAAACUUAAAAAUAAAAAAGAAUUGCGCCCCGCUUGUUCAACUUCAUGUAAAUUAAAAUGUUUUGACAAAUUUGAUACAGAUGUUCGACAAAACAUUCAUAGUAAUUUUUGGCAACUUGCUGAUCAUACUAAGCAAUGGGAGUUCAUAAACAAGUUUACUAAGAAAAUUUUGAAAAAACGAAUGACAACGGAGGGACCAUCAAGAAGACAAUUUACAACUAAGUAUUUUUUACCAGCACCGAAAGAUGACACAUUUAAGACAGAACAAGUUUGUAUGAAGAUGUUUUUGAAUACAUUUUCUAUCACUGACCAAUUUGUUCGUACAGCACAUAGUAAACUAAAUCAAGAAGGGAUUACCUUAACAGAUAAUAGGGGUAAACAUGCUCACCAUCCAACUGUUGUAGACUCUGAAAUGAUUAAAAGUGUCUGUGAUCACGUGGCGUCUUUACAACCUAUAGAAUCUCAUUACACACGGAAAGAUAACAGUAAACUUUAUUUAGAUAGCAAUCUUAAUAUGAGUAGAAUGUUUGCGUUAUAUAAAAGAUGGGACCAAUUAUUAAAGUACAGCAAUCAAGCACACACACUUCGUCAGUACCGAGACGUUAUUAAUAGCAAUAUGAACGUUACAUUUUUUGUUCCAAAAAAGGAUAUGCGCGAUAAAUGCCACAGCUAUUCCAAUGAUGUUUCACCGACAGAACAGUAA